GAUGAGGACAGCAAUUCAAUUCGAUCAACUCCUUUUCGGACAUUGUCCCCCUUCCAAAUCAAUUUGCCGUAGAUAAAAAGCUUCUAAUUUUUUUUGCUUUUUCACCACAAAAUUCCCGAGAUUGUGCUAACAGUUGACGUUAGCGGUGUAAAUGUCGUCUCCCACUGCCGUUAACUCUUAUAACAUAAAUUUUAUGUGGGCAGCUCUCAAUCGCAGUUUACCCCAUUGAGAAAUAAGGUCUUAGCAGAAGGAAAGAGACGGCGCAUUUUCCAGCUGAUCUACCCAAUAACACUAUCUCUUGGUGUAUAUAUAAUAGGAGGCACUUUGCUGUUUCCCUGAAGGUUUGAGGCAAUUUCAACUAGACAAAGAAGCAGAAUGACAAACGAUUUGGUGCUCGAACUCUCCACAGACCCUGAACAGAUCAGAUACACCCACCUACAAAAUUCAAGCGCCUGGAGGGCCAAGUUAACCGCUGAAGAGUAUGCUGAUAGGGAAUGGCUCAUUGGAUGUGAAUCAAAGCUUGGUAAGAGAAAGGUUGAUGAGAACCUUGGACUUUAUCACUUUGUUCUACGUGAUAAGUCCAUUGCGUCUUCGGGCAAGUUUGGGGAUAUCGUGGCUUCUUGUGAGACCAUGAACAGAAAAGCGUGGAGAAUUGAUCCUAAGGGCGAACUGGUUGAAGUGGUUGCUGCAUGUAUUGGUGGUGUCUUCACUUUGGAGCCAUAUAGAGGUAAAGGUUAUGCCUGCACGAUGAUCUCCUUGUUGAACAGGUAUUGGGAUGAGCGCUUGGAUAAGAGAGGGUUCAUGUUCCUCUACAGUGAGGUUGGCGAUUACUACAGUAGAGUGGGAUAUGAGAGUGCUGAGGUUAAAGUCCAUGAGUUGCACAAUCUAGAGCAGUACAGGGACCCGGAGUUGGACUUGGAUGUUUCAGAUUACCACUUCUUGAAAUAUGAGGACUACUCCACUCUGGUUGAGCUGCAAUACAAGAAUGCUAAGGAAUUCUUGAUUUCCAAGUCGAAACAGACGGAUAAAGUGUUGUACUCACUCAUUCCAAACAUUGACACAUAUACGUGGUUCCACGACAGGGACUUGUUCAUCGCUUCGAAGCUUCGAGCAGAGAAGCAAGUGGACCACUUUGGCGUCACUUUGAAUGAUGGUACACAUGACAGAGUGGUUUGGUUACACGACUGGAACUCUGAUGAUUUGACCAUUGUGGCUCUCACCGCAUCAAGCCAUGAAUCCUUCAAGAAGUUGUUAAACUUGUCGAUAUCCGAGGCAAUCAGCUGCAAAUUCGACAGCAUCCACAUAUGGCAUUCCGGGCUUGGACAAGACCCUGAAACUGUUGCAGCCAACGUUAAAUUCCUCGAGUCUAACAGCAGUUCAAAGUUGUUCCAAGAUAACUCUUCAAGGUCUGCAAUCAGGCCUUUGGACGGUUCACCAUUGGGCACAUACUCCUGGGAAUUCAAUGAUAAAUGGUGCUGGUUCUAAUCUCCCUAAACAAAGCUAUCCACUUAGCCUAUGAAUGACCUUUCCGAAAUGUCUUGUCAAUCUAUAUCUUCAUUCUCGUCCAUGCUAAAAAUAGAAGUAGUACGGUUGAAUAACUGUAAAUUUAGGCGCAGCACACAGGUUUGGCUGACAUUCCGAAAUGAUGAAAAACGCGAAACGCGUGCGAGGGAAGGCGAUGAUCCAGGAAUUGGUGUCGUAAUGGGGG